AUGGCUUCAGACCGCGAUAUUCUGCCCGCCUGGAGCGCCAACAGGGUUAAGCCGACACAUUAUGCCCUCUCCCUCCACGAUAUUGAGUUUGGUGGAAACUUCAGCUACAAGGGCACUGUGAAGAUUACCACUAAACUCACAAAGGACGGCGGCUUCAAUGACUUGGUCCUGAACGCUCAUCAGCUCAAGGUAGAAGGUGCUGAGUUGAAGACUGGGGACAAGAAACACUCGGCCAAGGAUGUUUCAUACGAUGAGAAGAGGCAGCGCGUGACGCUGGACUUUGGAGAGCAGAUCGACUACAAGGGCGAAGCCGAACUGGAGAUCAAAUUCGAAGGCACCAUCAACAACAUCAUGGCUGGUUUCUACCGCUCCAAGUACAAGCCAAAGGGAGGGGUACCCGCAUCAGUGGCCAAGGACGACGAGUUCCACUACAUGUUCAGCACCCAAUUCGAGUCAUGCGAUGCUCGUCGCGCGUUUCCCUGCUUUGACGAGCCAAACCUCAAGGCGACCUUUGAUGUCGAGCUGGAAGUACCCAAGGACCAGACUGCGUUGAGUAACAUGCCUGAGAAGGAGAUCAAGCCCAGCAAGCGCGAUGGCUUCCACACCGUCGUCUUCGAGCGAUCACCUAUCAUGUCGACCUACCUCCUGGCAUGGGCCAUUGGCGAUUUCGAGUACGUCGAGGCAUUCACCGAGCGCAAGUACAAUGGCAAGAACAUUCCGGUCAGAGUAUACACCACGCGUGGCCUGAAAGAGCAGGGUCGUUUUGCCCUCGACAACUGCCACAAAGUUGUUGACUACUUCUCUGAAGUAUUCCAGAUUGACUACCCGCUACCAAAGGUUGACCUGUUGGCCGUUCAUGAAUUUUCACACGGCGCUAUGGAGAACUGGGGACUCAUCACCUACCGAACCACUGCAGUGCUCUUCGACCCAGCAACAUCGGCAGACAGUUAUCGCAACAGAGUAGCGUACGUUGUAGCUCAUGAGCUUGCCCACCAAUGGUUCGGUAACCUGGUCACCAUGGACUGGUGGAGUGAACUGUGGCUGAACGAGGGUUUCGCGACCUGGGUGGGAUGGCUUGCCAUUGACCAUCUGUAUCCCGACUGGAAUGUGUGGGGACAGUUUGUUACUGAUUCUGUUCAACAAGCCUUCGCUCUUGACGCACUCCGCACAUCUCACCCUAUCGAAGUUCCUGUCUACGAUGGUCUUGAGGUCGACCAGAUCUUUGACCACAUCAGCUACUUGAAGGGGAGCUCCGUCAUUCGCAUGCUGAGCGCCCACUUGGGCGAGAAGGUUUUCUUGCAGGGUGUUGCCGAUUACCUCAAGGCUCACCAGUACUCGAACGCCACAACAAACGAUUUGUGGUCUGCUCUUAGCAAGGCAUCCGGACAAGACGUCAAUAGCUUCAUGGACUUUUGGGUUCGCAAGAUCGGUUUCCCUGUCGUCACAGUGACUGAGAAGAGCGGCGAAAUCGGUCUACGUCAGCAGCGAUUUCUGCUUGCUGGCGAUGUCAAGUCUGAGGAGGACCAGACUACUUGGUGGAUACCUCUUGGUCUCUACUCUGGUGACUCUGCAGCGGCUGCCUCAGUUCACAAGACUACCGCACUCACCAAGAAGGAAGACACCAUCAGCAACAUCAAUGGUAGCUUUUACCAGAUCAACAAGAAUUUGACUGGAUUCUACCGAACCAACUACCCAGCUGACCGCCUGAGGAAGCUUGGCGAGGAACGCCACCAGCUUACCGUUGAAGAUAAGAUCGGCCUCAUUGGUGAUGCGUACGCCAACGCAAUUGCCGGCUAUGGAUCCACCGCUGGCCUCCUUGCGUUGGUCGAACGCUUCUCUGAUGAGUCGGACUACCUUGUAUGGUCACAGAUAUUGACAAACAUUGGUAAUGUUCGAAGCGUCUUCUCUGGUAACGAAGAGGUCAGCGAAGCGUUGAGGAAAUACCACCUCAAGCUCGUUACACCCGCCGUCGAGAAGGUUGGUUGGGACUUCAAGGAGGGCGAGAGCUUCCUCGUUGGACAGCUACGUGCCAGCCUCAUACUUUCUGCUGGCGUUGUUGGCCACAAAGCUACCGUUGAUGAGGCCCUUAAACGUUUCGAUGCCUACAUUUCAGGAGCGGACAAGAAUGCCAUUCAUCCCUCACUCCGACGCGCAAUUUUCGCGACCGCCAUCAAGAAUCGCGGCGAAUCAGCCUUCAAAGCCAUCCAGGAUGAAUAUCUGAACACUACAUCGAUUGACGGCCGCGAAAUCUGCCUUCAGUCCCUCGGCCGUGUGCAAACACCCGAGCUUGCCCGUGAAGUCAUGAACUUUGUCUUCUCCGACAAAGUCGCGAUGCAAGACAAACAUUCUGGCACCAUCGCGCUCGCCAAUAACUCCAAGGUGCGCACUGAAGUAUGGUACUUUAUCCGCGACAACUGGGACUCCAAGGUACAUCCCACACUGAGCGGCAACCUCGUUGUUCUCGAGCGCUUCUUGCGGUUUGGCUUGAACAAGUUUGCAGACGAAGGCAUUGCAGAUGAGAUUCAAAAGUUCUUCCAAGACAAGGACACAAGAGGUUAUAACAAGGGCCUCGAGGUCAUUGAUGACACUAUUAGGUCUUAUGCUGGGUACAAGAAGAGGGACGAGAAGGCUGUCAAGGCGUGGCUGGGUGAGAAUGGGUAUCUGGGUUGA